AUGCGUCGUAGUCGACCGCGUUUUCCGCCUUGGCGACAGAAUCGACCUCCAUAUCAACAAUCAUAUCGCCCUUCAUCUGCCUCACAAUCACAGCAGCAAUUUCAACAAAGACAAUUACAUGAUGUUUUUGACUUUGUCAAUUUACCCGAGGCAUUUCCUUCGAUAAAACAAGCCAUCGAAGAUCCAACACUGACACCAAGUAUUAUGGAACGAAAUCAACAAGUCACUCCAGCACCCGCUGAUUUGUUUACACUAAUGAAUUUCGCAUCACGUAUUCGACAAAAGAUUGAUACACUGGUUCUUGCACCAAAUUCAUUCACUGCUUGCCAAGUUAAUGAAGUUCGUGAAGUUGGCUCAUACAAACAUAACACAAUUAUCAAACCACCUGUCGGCUCACAAAUUCCUCUAUCAUAUGAUUUAGUUGUUGUUUUGAAAACAUUACCCACAAGAGAAGCAGUAGAUCAAUUAGGUAAUCGCAUAAAACAAGAUCUUCUCAGUGAAAAUCAACCAAACGAAGCAGAAGUACUCUCGGUAUGCAGCACAGAUUAUGGCCUUUCGAUUGAAAAUGGACAAAUGGCAGUACAUAUCUUAGUGACAACUAUACCAAUGAACUUGAAUUCUCUUGACCCAUCUAUUCAUUUGAGUCGGCAAAUCUGCAAACGUAAUCUGAACGCAAUAAAACAUGCGAAAUGGGUUGAUGAAGCUUGUAGUCACCCGUCAACUAAACUUCUUGUACGUUUAUUAAAAGACUUACGACAACGAUUCAACGGUCUUGAACCUCUUAAUACCUGGCUAAUUAACUUACUUGCACAUCAUUGUGUAACAAAUAAUAAUAAUUCUUCAGAACAAUUACCACCAAGUUAUGCAUUAAAACGAGCAUUGCAGUUAUUAUCAAGUGGACUGUUUUUACCAGGCUCUAGUGGUUUAUAUGAUCCGUUUAAUGAUUCACACACCAAUUCUCGAUCGCAGCCAAUCAUGACGCUAGAAGAACAAGAUCGCCUAUGUUCAACAAGUCAGACAUUACUACGCGCACUUGCAAUACACCCAAGAUAUGUUCUCGGUCUUGAAGAUGGUCCUGAUAUAUUUGCUGGACCGUGUCAACUGAAUGGCAUCGCGUUCGUACCUAACGAACCUGUUAUUAGUAAAGAUGAAUCCAACAGUCACAUGAGUAGUGACACUCAGCAACAAGCUACUUGCGUCGAAAUUCCGAUGAGUGAGAACGAGAAUGUCAUUUCUUCGUCUAUUGGGGAAUAUCGGUUUCAGCCAAUAGACAAGCAAUUCGAAAGCAUCGAUGGGAAACAGAAUCGAGAUCUUUGGGUAAAAUGGGGCAUGCGUGGCAAAAUUCGAGCGAAUAUGUACAUAUUUGAUCAACCAUUCCAAGAAUACAAUGUUCGAAAAUUCAUCUUCGAUUUCUUCCAAGAUCCAAAUGUUCUCAAUACACUAAAAAUGUUUAGCAAAGCAGGCGAAUGGCAAAUACUCAAUCAAUCAGUUCAUGAUGUUCGAAUUGAACAAUUACAAACGAACGUCCUCUCUUUGGAGUUCUUCGAUCGAUUAUUUAAUAAUCAAAUCGUACGUGAACAGAGCGGACAUAUCAAGAAAUGUAUUGAAGAAUAUAAAGAUGAGUUUAUUGUUGAUGACGAACUUCGAAAAGCUUUGCUUAUGGACGAAUUUGAAACAUAUGAUAUAUUUUCUGAUAAUGAUCGUAAAGAAUUCAUAUUUCAUUUAUUCAAACAUUUUUGUCUUGGCGGGCAAGUUUGCCAAUACGAAGAUGCAGUUCAACCUUAUCUCGAUGUCACGAAAUCUGUUUACAAAGAUCUCAUUAGUGUUCAGAAGGAUGCUGAAACUCAAACAAUUCACGUUGUUUCACCUGUAUUUAAAAUUGAAGCAUUAAAUGACAAGGGAAAAAAGUUCUAUCCGUCACGUACAGCUUUCGAACAAGAUUUUGCUUAUAUGAUCAUUGAUCCAAUCAAGCGACAUGUUAUUAUUUUAUCGAAUUUCUACGAAGGACCGUCAUUUUUCGAAUAG